AUGUCCGCCACGCCAACCUCGGGCAUGGAAAAGCACGCUGAGGCGUCCUCGGCCGCGAUCCCCGGCCCGAACGGCCACCACUCGCCUGAUCUGUCUAAGCUCGAGGCAAACGCUACCCCUCUCAGAGACGGCAUAGGCGACCACAGCUUGGCAGCCGGGGCAGCUGAGGAUGUUCCCGCUUCGCCAAAAAGUGUCCACGGUGUCAAGUGGGCGCUGGUGGUCGUCUCCAUCCUGUCCAGCAUCUUCCUGCACUCGCUCGACAACACGGUCGUCGCCGACAUCACACCCGCCGCCGUCAACGCGUUUAGCGACGUCCUGAAGCUGCCGUGGCUGUCCGUUGGAUUCCUCCUCGGCAGCGCCGUCGGCGUGCUGCCGUUCGGCAAGCUGUACGGGCUGUUCAACGCCAAGUGGCUGUACCUCAGCUCGCUGGCCGUGUUUAACGGCGGGUCCGCGCUGUGCGGCGGCGCGCCCGACAUGGACGCACUGAUCGCGGGCCGCGUGGUCGCCGGCCUCGGCGGCAUCGGCCUUUACCUCGGCGUCAUGACGCUGCUGUCGGUCGGCACGUCGGACCGCGAGCGCCCCGGCUACCUGAGCUUCGUCGGGCUCGUCUGGGGCGUCGGCACCGUGCUAGGUCCUGUAGUCGGCGGCGCCUUCGUCGAGUCGCCGGCCACGUGGCGCUGGGCCUUUUAUAUCAACCUGUGCGUGGGCGGUUUGUUCGUGCCUGUCUACGUGUUCCUACUACCGUCAUUCGAGCCGCGCAGGGGCGCGCCGGCGGCGGCGUUGCUGCGCGAGAUGGAUGUUAUGGGUACGAUUCUUGGCGCGGGUGCCAUUAUGACGCUUGUCAUGGCCAUCAACCUGGGCGGCGCGCCGUACGCGUGGAGCAGCGCGCAGAUUAUUGCGCUGUUCGUUGUGUCGUUCGCGCUGUUCGCCGUCUUCGGCGUCCAGCAGAGCUACGCCGUCUUCACCUCGCGCGCCGCCCGCAUCUUCCCCGCCCACUUCCUGCGCAACUGGAACGCCGUGCUGCUGUUUUGCUGCGACGCGGCCGUUAACUACUCCUGUUUUAUUCCUAUUUAUUACAUGCCGCUGUAUUUCCAGUUCUCGCGCGGGGAUAGCGCCAUCGAGGCCGCCGUGCGUUUGCUGCCGCUCAUCUUCGUGCUCAGCGCCACGAUUCUGGCUAGUGGCCACUUCAUGACGAGGUUCGGCUACUUCCAGCCCUGGUACAUUGCCGGUAGUGCGUUGACGCUUGUGGGCGGUGUCUUGCUGGCACGCAUCGACGCAAACACGCUGACCGCGCGCAUCUACGGCUUCGAGAUUCUCGUCGGCGUCCGCAGCGGCUGCUGCGUGCAGGCCGGCUAUAUGAUGCUGGCGCAGAUGAGUGGCAUCCCCUUCGGGCUGGCCAUCUCGGGCGCCGUCUUCGUUAACGGGGCCGUCAAGCGCCUCGCUGCCGUCCUCGGUGACGGCGUGCCCCGCGACCAGCUGCAGCUGGCCAUCUCUGGGUCCGGUGGCGAGUACCUCGCGCAGUUCCCGCCCGACGUGCGCGCCGCUGCCAUGGCGGCCGUCGUCACGGCGCUGCGGACCGUGUUCAUUCCCGUCUAUGUCGGUGCCGCUGUUAGCUUGGUGCUUUCGGUUUGCUUCACUCAAAGAAAACUGUACAAGAGCGCUGUUGCUGUUGUCGCAUGA